AUGUACAAAGAACUGAAAUCAGCAAAAAUCUGCAAUAAAGUGAGACCUCUUAUUAGGAAGUUUGUUUCAGCAGCAGCCCGGCUGUCUCGACCUCAACCUGUAGUCACGCAGCAGGAACCCUUAGCAUUCAUGACUUGUAUUAUUAAAGUGGACACCAGGAGUCGAGGGUGGCAACAGGCGGUAUCACGAGUAAUGAGAAGUAGCCAAGUACGGAAUUUCAAAAUGGAUAAAGAAGGAAUAGUAGAAGUAUGUGGGGUAGUGAAUCCGAAAAAACUUUUGAAGGCGUUAGGGAAAGGGCGAAAACGCGCAAAGCUGUGUUGGUUUCAGUUUGGAGAAUGCUCGAGCAACCUAUUGGGUCCACCUGCUGCUGCUCCUGCUCCAAAGAAAAACGAUCCUCUUGAGUUUUCAUAUUUACCAACCGCCAUUGGCUAUGAUAAAUUCAAUGGUUAUGGAAGCUAUCCCUAUCCCUAUCCUCCUCAACUAUUCAUGUCUUAA